AUGCACGGUGAUCCUCAGAUUGUCCAGGCACUUCUGGAUCACCGCGCAGAUCCAAACGACAUGAUAACAAAAGCACGCGUGAAGGAGCAGUUGCCCAAAAAAGCCAGGGUGUUGGGCAUUGCUGUCUAUUAUGGCAACAAUGAUGCUGCAAAACUAUUGUUGUCAGCGAGAGCCAAUGUCAAUGCCCUGGACGGCAAUUCCGGAAACUCUCUUCAUUGGGCAUGGGCUGGAGACAAUGCUGAAGCUGUACGCCUGCUUGCAACGGCCCGCGCAAAUCUGUACCAGAAAUGUAUCCCUGGCCUCGAUCCAUUCCUGGCGGCAUGUGCUUGUGGCAGCGCCCGGGCCAUGACUGAAGUCCUCGUUCAGAUGCCCACUCAAACCUUGCGUCAUGGCUUGCACUUCGCGCUCAUGUUCGGUGGAGGGGGAUCUUCGAAGACAAUUUUGCAGCUGGUCCGUGCACGGGCGGACGUCAACGAGCGUUUCCGCAUCUCGACAAAGGAAACCGGUUGGUGGCUGAUCUUGAACGCCUUCAGCCUUCGACACUUGGUCAGCCCAUCCAGGCUCACCUCGCUGGCUUACCACCACAAAGGUGCCACUCCGUUGAUGUUUAGCAUCCUCAACGGCUCCCUGGAAGCAGCCUCUGUCUUGCUGGCUGCAGGAGCACGUGUGGACAUCCGCAACGACCGCCAUAACACUGCAGCAGAUCUGGCUGCGAAGAUCCUUCCGCCAUCCUGGUUGAAUCAGGCACUUGAUGGCGCAAGCCAGGAGCUCGAUGAAGAUGACGUUUUCUUCAUUUGA